AUGGAAGACGAGGAAGAAGGGCAAUCUGUUACCGAAGAGGACGACGACGUACUUCCAGAUGAAGUGUGGCUGUCCAUCUUCCAAUACUUGUCCGACACCGACUUCAUCUGGAGGAUUCUGUGCGACAAGAAGUUCUACGGCAAGGUGAAGAAAUCGACCCUCAUGGCCACUGACAACUCCUACAAGGCCCUCUACUACAAGAAGUCCCUCAUCGAGAACCGCAACUGGAUGCAGGAUGCCACCCUCUACGCCUCCCUCCUAGACGAGACGGGCGAGGAGACACCGAAGGCGCGCCGGAAGCGGGCCAAGAAGCGGCGGCCCACGGUCGCGCUGGCCAACGAUCAGCUGAACAUGUCGUCGGUGCGGUUCAACGACCGGUUCCUCGUGGCCGGCACCAGCCUGCCCGACAAGGGCAUCGAGGACAUCGGCAACCUCAUGAUCGAGAAGACCAUCGGCCUCUGGCGCCGUGCCACUCUCGAAGCCGCCGUCGCCUCGCGCGCGCUCCUCGGUAAUGAGGAGCAACGGGAGUCGAAGCGAGACAAGGACAAGCUGGUGCCGCUCCAGCCCGACACCGUGCUCCGGGGCCACGCGAACUCGAUCACGCGCGUCCUGCUCGGGACCACCGAUGCCACCAGCUCCACGCUGCUCUCGGCCAGCAGUGACAACACCAUCCGCGUGUGGGAUCUCGAGGAGCUGAGUUGUACGUCGGUGCUGUCGGGCCACGCGCAGUCGGUGUACUGCCUGGCCUGGCGGCAGGAGGAGGGCGUGGUGUUCAGCGGGUCCAAGGACAAGACCGUCAAGGUGUGGAACCUAGCCAGCAGCACGGGCGCGCCGGUGAUGGACAUAUCCGGCACCCCCAAGAAGGACGCCCACAAACGGGCCAUCGUCUGCAUGGACCUCCUGCCCCACCUCAACUGCCUCGCCACCGGGAGUCUGGACAAAGCGGUCAAGCUGUGGGACAUUGAGACCGGAGCGUGCCUCAAGACCGAAAAGAAGGCGCACCGCGGGUGGGUGUCGUGCCUCAGAGGAGGUCCGCACUACUUGAUGUGCACGGGAGGCGAUACCAAGAUCAAGGUGUGGGACACCCGCACCGUGGAGAGCGUGGUCACCAUCCGCAAGAUGAAGAAGGCACACUCCAUCGGCGACUACGUGUCGACCAUCCAAUUCGACCAAAACAAGGUGGUCAGUGGCAACAUGCGGGGCAUCGUGGCGAUGCACGACAUGUGUACGGCCAGGCGCAUCAACAAGUUCAAGGCCCACAGCCGAAGAGUGGCCGACCUGCAGUACGACGACUCGCAGUUGAUCACCGCCUCAUCGUACGACACCGCCCUCACCCGAGAUUCCACUGAACGCACGCAGCACAUGCGGCCAACAACUGCUAACGGGCUGACUGACGAUCGCCAACAACACCACAGGGACAAGAAGCUGAAGAUUUGGCUUUUUGGCGAACCGCGCGAGGACCCGGGCAAGACCGGACCUGGGAAGUGUCUACUGGCCUAG